AUGUCGGAGAUAGGAUGUAAGCACACUCCAUCGCGCCUGUCAUGCCGUGCUGUUUUUGGCGUUGGAUUGACGAAGGAUCUACAGCUCGCGGCGCACGGUGCUGGUAUAGAUAUAAAGCUCGCCUCCUUCGGCCUGCCACCGUUCCAUCUCAACCACGCAUCCUCCUACCUGGUGAACAUUGUCAACAUGUCGCUUCCUUCUGCUGCCCAGAGCUACCUUUCGCUGAUCGCUACUCGACGAUCCACCUACACGCUCGCCAAGGAGCCGUCGAUCCUCAACGUCGACCAGAUUCGCUCGAUCCUCAGCUCGAUCCUCGAGCACUCUCCAUCGUCGUUCAACUGCAAGUCUCCUCGUCUGGUGCUCCUCCUCGGUGCCGAUCACGAUGAGUACUGGGGUACCACCAUCCCCAACGCCCUGACUUCGAUCUUGAAGUCUCACGGUGCUGACGACGAGGCGAUCAAGGGCGCUACGGGAAGGCUGGCUAUGUUCAAGCCGGCUUUCGGCACCGUGGUAUUUUUCGAGUCGAACGCGGUGGUCGAGGAGCAGCAGAAGAACAUGCCCCAGUACAAGGACAACUUCCCCAUCUGGAGCGAACACGCCACCGGCAUUAUCCAGACCAACGCCUGGUCCGCCCUCACCAACGCCGGCUACGGCGCCAACCUUCAGCACUACGCCAACCUCGGCGAACAGGCGCUCAAGGAGAAGUACAACCUGCCCAAGGACUGGAAGCCAAAGGCAGAGCUCGUGUUUGGCGCAAAGACCGCCGAACCCCAGCCCAAGGAGUACAACGCCGAGCAGGAGAACAAGAACCGUCUCCACGUCUUCGGUGCCUAA